GAAGUAACACACUCAGCGUAAUAAAAAUCCACUAAAGAAUAAAAAGCCCAAAUCCACGCAAUCGUGUAAGCUGUCAACGAACACGUCAUGUGCGGGGAGGCUUGUAAGUAAGUAUAAGCGACGAAGCUAAAGAGGCGAUGACAACAACAGGUGUACAUACCUCCCACUACUGUUUGGCGGCAGCGGCGGCCUGCGACUCUAUGGAUGACCUCCCGCGUGUCGUUCCACACAGAGAGGAGCGCAGGGAUAAAUGUAUACGUCGUUGCCCACAGAGCUUUUAGUUUACAACUCCUUGCGUACGAGAGAACAAGUGGGCGACGCACGCCAUCGUGCGCUUUGUUUUUACUUUAUUUUCUGUUACUGGCGCUUCGACUUUGUGCGACUUGUCCAUGAUUUGUGUGACUUGAUUAAAAGUUUGGAAGGUUCUCUUACGAAUUUUUGAAGGAAGAGACGCUGUGUGAAGAAAUUGAUCUUCAUCUGUGCUGCGGGAAGACAAGGAAGAUACCCACCGAUGGAGGUGGUUCACCGGCCGGUAUUCGUGGGCGUUGUCGCUCAGCGAAGAUUACACUUUAUGACAAUAACGCUGCUGCUACUCCUCGUCGUACACUUAGUCUCCUGCCAAUUGGAUCUACCACCACUGCGUGAUGAUCUUUAUGAUCGAAGCGAAGAUCGACGUCAGUUAGAUGAUGAACGUUAUGAUCGAAACGAGGGUAGACGAUUACCAGACGAUGACGAUCGUUUCAAUCGCAAUCGACAACCGUUUCAAGAUGAUCGUCGAUACGACGAUCGUGAUCGUGAUCGCCAACAACCAUUCCAAGAUGAUCGUCGUUACGACGAUCGUGAUCGCGACCGACAACAACCAUUCCAAGACGAACGUCGUUACGACGAUCGCGAUCGCGAUCGUCAACAACCAUUCCAAGACGAACGUUUCGAUCGCGAACGCAACAGGCAACAACCCUUCCAGGACGAGAGAUUUGAUCGUAACGGCAAUAGACGGCCGUUCCAAGAUAACGAUCGAUACCGUCCUCCAGAGCCAGAUCUAAGAAACCUUCUGGCGAGUCUUGAUUUUGUGGGCACUCAGCGAUGCAGCAACAACGUUGCUGCCCAGUGGAACUACGAGACGAACGUGAACCUGGUCAGCCAAUUACAAGCGCUACAAGCACAGAGACAUUAUGCCGACUUUCAAUUUCACUCGUGGCAGCAGAUCAACAAAAUUGAUCCUAAUUCUGUUAGGGAUCCGACCACUCGAAGAAGGCUUAGGUAUUUGUCGGCAGUUGGACCCGCGGCUCUUCCUCCUGAUCAGUUCGACAGGUAUAAUCGACUCAUCAACGAUAUGCUGUCGAUUUACAACAGUGCUACGAUAUGCGCAUACAAAGAUCCUCUUCGAUGUGGUUUACGACUAUUUCCUGAAAUAUCAACAAUUAUGGCGCGCAGUCGUGAUUGGGAUGAAUUACAAUGGGUUUGGCUUGAAUGGAGGCGAAGAAGUGGCUCGCAAAUGAAGGAUCUUUAUCAUCAAUUAGUUAAUCUGAAUAACGAAGCUGCACGCAUGAACAAUUUUACUGAUGCUGCGGAUUAUUGGCAGUUCCCCUAUGAAAGUUUCGAUUUCGAGCGAGAAAUCGACGAUGUUUGGGAACAAAUAAAGCCGCUAUACGAGGAAUUGCACGCUUACGUGCGUAAACGACUGAGGGAUCUUUAUGGACCAGAAAAGAUAAGCGGUCAAGCUCCACUACCCGGUCAUAUACUUGGCAACAUUUGGGGACAAUCGUGGACGAAUAUUUUGGACAUGACACAGCCCUACCCUGGAAAAAAUUAUUUGGAUGUUACGCAAGAAAUGAUAGAUCAGGGCUACACUCCGAUCGACAUGUUCCGAGUGGGAGAAAAUUUUUUCAUAUCACUAAACUUGAGUGCCCUUCCGCCAGAAUUUUGGGCCGGAAGUUUAAUCGUCGAUCCAGGUGAUCGACCUCUUAUUUGCCAAGCUUCAGCUUGGGACUUUUGUAAUCGUAUUGAUUAUAGAAUAAAAAUGUGCACUAAAGUUACAAUGAAAGAUUUGAUAACGGUACAUCAUGAAAUGGCUCAUAUACAGUAUUUCCUUCGCUACAGUCAUCUACCUCGUGAAUUCCGCGAUGGAGCAAAUCCUGGUUUUCAUGAGGCAGUCGGAGAAGCUGUUGCUUUGAGUAUAGCAACACCAAAGCAUUUACAAACUUUAGGAUUAGGGAAUAAAUACGUAGACGAAGGGGCGGCUGAUAUAAAUUACCUCUUCGCCUUGGCCAUGGAGAAAUUAGUCCUACUGCCUUACAGUAUUGCAUUAGACAAAUGGCGUUGGGAUAUUUUCCGUGGCGUUGUCGGGCGUCAGGAGUACAAUUGUCACUGGCAUCGAUUAAAGGAACGUUACGCCGGUGUCAAACCGCCUUACUUGAGAUCUGAGGAUGACUUUGAUCCCGGCGCCAAAUAUCAUAUUCCAGCCAACAUCCCAUACAUAAGGAACUUCGUCUCUGGCGUGCUGCAGUUCCAACUUUACCGCGCACUUUGCGAGGCCGCCGGUCAAAAAGCGUUCGACGACCGACGACAGCCAUUGCACAGGUGCGACUUCUACAGGAGUCCGGAAGCUGGCAAAGUAUUGGGGAGGCUAAUGGAACGCGGCGCCUCGCAGCCCUGGCAGGAGAUUCUUCGCGAGGCGACGGGCGUAUCACGGCUUGACCCAUCGGCGCUGAGGGAAUUCUUCCGUCCCCUCGAGGAAUGGCUGCACGUCGAGAAUCUGCGGACGAACGAGCUCGUAGGCUGGACUUACGACGGCGACUACUGCAAGCGUAGCAUUGAGACAGCAAACCUGCAGGUGUAUGGCGCCGGUUUCUACGGCGCCGGUGCUGCAGAUGCUUAUACUUCUUCGUUCUUCAUGAUUCUACUAACCCUGGCCUUAUCCUCGUUCUAAACGGCGCUGCUACAAACUUAUUGUGUCAUCGAUCAUCUUUUAUAUUCUCGUUGCGUCAGAUGAUAAUGAUGAUGAUGUACAAUGUAUUUAAGAGAGAAAGGAGGCUAUACGCACUGUUUUUAAAACAGUGGCGAUUUUUCUCCUUUUUAUGUAAUAGCCGGACAGUGUUUGCAAGCAUUCGAGUUUGCUUUUUGGCGUUUGUGCAGGACGAGCUUAUUACGUAUUACGUGUAUUCGGUAAAAAAAAAUUAAGGAUAUCGAAGUUCUCAGUUACAAUAUGAAUCGACGACACGGUAACAAAACUCGAUAAAAAAACCAGCAAUGAAGAUUUGACGAGUGACAAUUGUAAAAUAAUUAUCGCCGAGAAUAUAAAAAAAAAAAAUAAGUCGGUUGCGCGUCUUUGCACAUUGGUAUAUACGAUUUAUGUCACAUGUUAUGCCUAGAAUACAUAGUCUCAUGGAAUGCGGAACUGGCGCGAGCUGUACAGCUCUCUUUACACGUAUAUAUCACAGAGUAGGCAUUAUUCGCAGUGGCAAUGGCACGGCGCGCUCCUCCGAGAGAUUUACAAAUUGCGCGCGCCUUCAAAUGUAUAUGCGCGCGUCGCUCUCUCGCGCUAAUUGAACGACGCGCGCCCAGGUCUUUUAAUUAAAGUUUUAAGCUAUAAACAGAUCGAUGAGCCGCAGCCCACUUUCAACUGCAGUCCGUGUUUUUGUUUUUCUUCUUUUUUUUUCGGAGGAAAGGAUUGUCGCCAAUUAGAGCGUGGUUAUUGAACGAACGUUUCAAAGGUCGACCGGGUUGGAAAGAAAGAAGCGCAAGCGGUCGGCUGCCUCGAGAAAAUGGAAUGAAGAAAGAAAGAAAAAAAUGUCCGACAUUAUUCAAGUUUUUUGUCCCAAGCGGCAGAGCUUUCGCAAUCGGAAGUGUCAGGCGCGCGCCGCCGCCGCCGUCGCUCUGCGCGGAGCGUUUGGACAAUGCAACACUCGCACGCACGCGUACACCGAACGCGGGGCGACUUUCACCCGCGAAAAUCAAGGCGACGCGGUAAAGUAUAUCCGGAACUCGCUGCCAAGGACGCCUAUCGUCCAACGAUAUCGACAAAACCUAUAAUACCAUUGCGACAGACACACUCAUGCGAGAGUGCGAAUAAUAAACUGACUUGUUUGGUCUCACUCUCUCACUUUUUUUGACGCAAUAUCGCAGGGAGCCGCGGUCCACUCUUUACAGCAUGUAUAUAUAUAUAUAUAUAUAUAUAUAUAUAUAUAUACAUACGACGAAUGCAGUUACGAAAUAUAAGAGUGGAGCGAAUGCAUCGCGAGCACGGCGUUCUUUUUUUUAUCUCGGGCAGUCCAUCUAUCGUUCGAUGCAUGCGCGCGUAAUCUCUCUUUUCGCAAGGGGUACAAAGAGAAAGAGAGAGAGAUAGAGACUACUGACAGGUGCGGCUCCUUACUCUCCUGAAUGCACACUUCGCGAAAGUCGUCGGCUCUUUUUAUUUCUUAGACGAUCCGGUACAGUCUUAACACAUUACUUUAAGAUCCAAGACAAUAUUUGUAUUUUUCUCCUUUCAUAUAGAUCGUACCCGAUGUAAAUACAAAGCAUUAGCGUUGUCUUGAUAUUUCAACCCGUUUGUUUUAUCGUAAAAUGUAAAGAUUUUAUUAUUAUUGAUGUACGUUAGAGUAUGAUUAUUUUAUCCGAUAAGCUUUAGUGAAUAAAGUCUCGUUUUC